AUGGGUGUGCGCGCUGCCCGUCGAGCUGUCGGCGGUACAGGAAAUGCUCAACGAAGAGCAUCCCGACCUCGAGCGCGGGCGUACGCGAAGGAGGUGCUGUCGGUGAUACCGCCAGCUGAUGUAGCGAAGGCGCGUACGGCAGAGGAAGCCAUGAGAGAUGCAAGCGUCACGCCAACCUGUUACAUUCCCUUCCUGAAGAAUCGACACUUUGUCGGACGACGCGAUGAGCUUGCUGUGCUGCGGCAGCGGCAGCUUGUGGAGCAAGACUGCCGGGAGAUAUCCAUUACGGGGCUGGGCUGGACGGGCAAGACGCAGGUGGCGCUGCAAUUUACGUACGUAGUGAAGGAAGCGCAGCCGGAGUGGUCUAUCUUCUGGGUGCCUGCGCUGAGCAUGGAGAGCUUCGAGCAGGCGUGCGUCGAGAUUGCGUGGGCAUUGCAAAUACCACAGACGGCAGAUGGCGAAGAAGAUACGUAA